AGAAGUAGAAAAGCAAUGAAUGAGAAGAAUCUUCUUAAACAAUGGAACGAGCCACGUAGUACGGAUAUUGCAGUGUGGGCUCGGUCUGUCCUCCAUAGUCAGUCUUUUUCUUCGUUCCAAAAUUGGAACCUAGGGUUUACGUUAUUGUUGACCCAAGGAAUUCCUUGUAUGAAAAAGGAAUGGGUCAGGCCUUCCGUCGAGCAUCUGGAAGAAUCCGAACAUCUUAUAGUAUCGAUCCGACGCCGUCCACCUCAUCAAAAUCUAAUAGCGUCGUCGACAGGCGACCACCAAUAGUGGGCCCCACCGACGAUCUGAAUAUAUCGAAGACCGGCGACCAUGGCGCUCUUGAUCAUUCUGAUGGCACCUCAAGAAUCGAUGCCGAAAAUGUGCUUGAAGAUCGAGAUCCAAAGUAUGAUGCCAUGCUUAGUCAAAUGGUUGGUAGAAUUACGUCAAAGCCUGGAGGGAAGCCUGAGAUUGGAGAGGCAUCUGUGGUGGAAAGGUAUAAUAAACCCAUGCCAAAACUGCGAAAUACAAAACCGGAUUCUGGAAGUUAUGAGGAUAGGCCUGCCCCUCCGGGAAGUCUGAAUGUGACACAGCUGCGCCACAUCAUCCUCCUGCACCAAGGCAAAGCUGACGACAAUGAAGGACCUAUGAAUGUCCAACAGAUUGCUGAAAAAUUCCGAGUUGAUGUGGCACAGGUUGAAAGGAUUUUGCAGUCCCUAUCACUGCCUCCAGAGGAUAAUAAGGUUGUGCAAGUGGAUCAUUGAAUCCUAGUACAUCUGGACAUUCUCUGCUCAUUGCAGACAAAUGCAACAACAUUUAUUUU